AUGCAGGAGGCCCAAAUUCGCUACCGAUGGCAAUUUCUGUUCGCCCUUACAGCCCGCCGGGGCAACACAGAAGCCACAAUCCGGACACCGCAAGACAUCCAGGCAUUCCAAAAGGCCCUCGACCUCCCACAAACCUACAUCAUAGACUGGACCAAUUGCCCACUAAAUGAACGCCUCACAGGAAGACCUAUCCGCCGCAACAUACAGCAGGGACUGAACACCGACUUUGCCACUCUUCAGCAAGUGGAACCUGAUGAAUAG